AUGGAGCAGCCCAGCUCACUUCGCUCCGAAGCAUUGCGAACGCUACUGGACCUGGCCACCGCGACAGAGGAGCAUCCACGCUUAGCACUUGGCCUGGGCCAAGCACUGCAUUCCUUUUUCUGGUGGGGGCAUCAGCCGCAGGAGGUGGGGCUUGCGAGUCCCAGCGUUCAGGUCAUGCGGGAGUCUCUGACUCUCCAUGAAAGAGCACUGGCCGUUGCAGGCUGCGACCUCGUGGACUUGGAGCUUGAAGAGUUCCUCCUGAGGAAAUGUCCCUGGAGAUGGCGCUUUGCCUUCCUCAUCGGAUCGGAGCUUGGGCUGGAGCUUGCGCGUGGCGGUCAGGACUUCAGGGCCGCUUCGGAGAUCUUCGACCAUGUAGCCCGUCGAUUUGCAGAACUGCAGCGGCUUCCCUUCUUCGUCGGGAAAACCGCCAGCCCAAUGCGAUUGAAUCAGAAUGCCGACUUCUUCCCAACAGCUUGGCACUGGCCGAUCUGGGCACGGGAACAUUGGCCGGACUUCGCCAACUUCAUCGAGAGGCACUACGCGACGUUCCGGUCCAGCCUCGAGGCUCUCUUGAAGGAAGAUCCUGACGGUGCCCAUUUCGGCGCAGCAGCACGAUUUCAGAGCGGUCUGACGCCGAGGAAGGAGGAUUGGACCAGAAUCAAGCUCAUUCACAGCGGAGGAGAGUCCGAUCUCUGCCGCUUGCCCUUCCUUCAGCCCAGCUGUGCGCUGCUGGCACAAAGACCAGAAAUAGGCCCAGCCUGUGGAACCUAUCUGUCGGGUGCCUCGUUUGCCCGCCUGCUACCGGGAGCCCAGCUGAAGCCACACUUCGGCACACACCCGCGACUCACGUUGCAUCUGGGACUCCGUGCGCCAAGUGGUGCGACCUUGACGGUGGCUGGACAGGAGGUAUCAUGGAGCGACGGCAAAGUCAUCAUCUUUGAUGACACCUACAUGCACAAGGUUCAGCACCGAGGAGAUGAAGCACGCUACAUUCUGGUGGCUUGGUUCUGUCAUCCUUGUGACCGCGGGUGGCGCAAGGAUCGAGGUGGACAGUGGCUCCAAUCGAACCCCUUGCCAGAAUGGUGUGGUGCCGGUGGUCCCGGCUACAAAGAUCCUCCAGUGCCAGGUUACUCCGAGCAGUUCUGA